CUUAUACUUUACCACCAAACUUCCGGCGACUUUGACGAUAUACAUGAGGAGAAACAGAUAAAUUGACACGAUGUUCUGUCGUUGUAUACGACUUGCUUUGAGUGCAAAUAAUACACAUUUUCUGAAGAACUUUCAUGCGAUACAGGUAUCGAGGACUGAAGGGUAUAAGAGUAAGCUGAGUCUAGAAAAUCUGUAUCCAGGCAGCGCAAGCAGUUCAGCAUUUGAAGUAAAAAUAAUUCAGCACAGCUAUUCAAUUAACAGCAAGGAGGAAGAACAAUUCUCAGGUUUUAUUCCAACUGAGAAAAUAGACUUUACCUUUACCAGAAGUAGUGGAGGUGGUGGCCAGAAUGUAAAUAAAGUUAGCACAAAAGUAAAUGCAAGGUUCCAUCUUCAAUCUGCAACAUGGAUACCUGAUUGGAUCAAAGAAAAAGUUCAAGAGCAGCAAAAGUAUCAUAUAAACAAGGAGGGAUAUUUGAUGGUAUCAUCAGAGAAGACACGUAAACAGGUGUUGAACAAGGCUGAUUGUAUGGAUCAGAUUCGUAGUAUGAUCUAUAAAGGUGCUGUAAAACCCAAGGAACAAUCACCGCAGGAACUCGCUCGCAUUGCUAAAGGGAAAGGAAAGUUUCAGAGGGAGGUGCUAAGAAAGAAAAGAAUGCAUUCUGAAAAGAAAAAAUUCCGAUAUGAUCCUUGACACCAGUUUAGCUAGGAGAAAUUUAUGUACAUUUUUUUAUCAGAAUAUAUACAAUUUAAUCAAAA